UAAAUUUAUGUGUAGUAUUUGGCCCAACGGAGAAACGCCCAAAUACACCUAAAACCCUACUUUAUUUAGCUCAACGCGACGCCAACACGCCAUUGCCUCCUCUCUCUCUCUCUCUCUCUCUCUCUCUCUCUCUCCCGUCUCGCCCCGAUUCAACAGCAAAGAUGGUUCUCUCGAACGACUACGAUUUGCUCAACCCACCGGCGGAGCUUGAGAAAAGGAAGCACAAGCUUAAGCGCCUUGUGCAAUCUCCCAACUCUUUCUUCAUGGAUGUCAAGUGCCAGGGUUGCUUCAAUAUAACCACUGUGUUCAGCCACUCCCAAACAGUUGUUGUGUGCGGAAAUUGCCAGACGGUGCUGUGCCAACCGACUGGCGGCCGCGCCAGGCUCACCGAGGGCUGCUCCUUCCGGAGAAAGGGCGAUUGAGGAAUGGAUUCUGGUUUCGUGUUUUCAUUUUCAUCAUUCAAGACAUGCUAUGUUUCUUUAUGUAACCUUUUAAGUUAAUUCAAUCUAGAUUCGGAUUAUGUUAUAUUAUCAUUGACCCUGUGAGGUUUAUCUACUUUUUGCUUAGUUGAUUGAGAUCAAGUUUUGAACUUGUAGCUUCGAAGGUUUGCAUUUCCCAUUAGAAUUAUUUAGUGACUCUUGUGGUAUUUGGUUGCUAGCUGCAGCUUGUUCUUCAAUUGUGAUUUGUUUGGCGAGAUCUAGUUUAUUCAGCCAUGAUACGAAACCUUUGAUGCCAA